AUGGUGGCGAUCAAGGAGUCAACCUGUGUCCGUACGUUGGUUAUUUGGUCGCUACCAAAUGCCAGGAACUGGCACACCAGUCGUAAGUGUAUUCAUGGAGAGGAGUGGCUGCUUUUUCUAUCUGGCUAAUCUUUCUGUUUCAAGCUUUCUACUGGGAUCCAUCGGGUACGCAAGUCCCGCUGGUACGCCAGUCAAACCAUCAAGUUUUCGCACGCAAAAUCCAGGGGACCAAGGAUGGUUCUCAAGAUGGUGUUGGCUGCAGCGAUCGCUGCGGUCAUAAACUUGGUCCUCUGGGUUUAUGAGAGAGUGCGACAAUCUACUCACAGUCAACUCAACGCAAUACCAGAUCGUACUGAAUAACAAUCAAGUUCAGCAUUUGCGCCUCAAUAACCAAACCCUCAGUGGGACUUGGCUUGAACAAGCAAAUGUGCAGCAUCAUCGAGGCUUUACAACUAUUGGUGGCGCCUGCUCCGACCCACGAUGGCGAUGAUACACUGGGGCUUAUGCCUGGCAUAGCACCCUCCCACUGCGAUACAUCCAAGACUGGCACCUAGUAUUGCCAAAUUUAUCCUGGUUGGAGUCCAAUUCGAUCUCUGCAAACUUUCUCGAGUUUUACGAGAUUCGCAGUAAGUAUCUUCCGAUCUCUAUCUUUCUCCUUACCUUUCUGAGCUUACACUAACCGGCGCAGUAGAGUCGACCGAUACCCGCACUAGUGAUGGGUGUUCCUCUGAGCAAGAAGAUCAAGUGGUGGGUCAUCUGGCACGAACAGCGAAACCACCAAGAUGGGAAUCGAUGGAGCCUGCGCCUCAACCUCAGAGAAUUUCAACGGCCCAUUGCCGCCACUCGACGAAGAGGUAAGCAGAAAAUAUAAAUGAGAAACCUUCCUCCACAGAUCAGCCACUGAUGUUCUGCAGCUACCACUGCACCUCCGUGGUCCUGCACAGGGCUCGGACUUCUUAUGGACCUUUUGUGUUACCUUAUGGAAGUCUACAAUGACUUCAUCCAACCUCCAGUUGGACUGGAUCAUGAGCCACAGGAGGUCCAACUGGACUUUGCUCUAUUCUCUCCCACCCCGCAUGGGAUGGGGCUUGGGGUUCAGCUGCAAAAACAAGGUUCGCUUGGAAAGACAACCAGGAAGCAACUUCGGUAAGUUUAUCCCAAUCACCCCCUGUUUCUUCCGCACUGGCUGCUUUUCUCUGUCAAUCAUCGAAGUGUUUGUACUGACAUUUUUUCUCUUGAAUAGUUGGCAGAAAUUCGAAUCCCGUAGCUUGGAACGAAUGUCAUCGCCGCAGAUGGUCCCCCGAAACUCAGAUCUGCGACAUGUAGACAUAUCCUUUUGUCGUGAUAGUCGUGACUAUGGUUGCUGGUUGAUCAAUGGUCCACACUACGUUACCACAAAUGCCACUCUCACUGUCAAAUCCUCACUUUCGUAUCCUCACUGUCGCAUCUUUACUGUUGCAUAUGGUUUGUGCCCUAGUAUGUUGUUUAGAAGAGGGUCGAGGGGUGAAGGGACGAAGGGGGAUAUUUUAGUUGUGCGUGUCGCUUAAUCUUCCAACGUAAGUUGUUCUUUCGGGCAGGACCUUCACAUUGAGCAUUAGCAACUGACGCAGCAAGUUGCCAUUCUCCAGGCUAGUACCAGGAGGAAGGGUCCUCAACGAUCCGCCCUUGUGGAAAAUAUCCGCCCGUUCGCCUAGGAACUGAGAUCCAUUCAUCUCGCCUAGGGAUCGCCUAGGAGAUGACGGAGACUGCAGCUUGGUUUUGGAACCACACUCAUUCAGGGGUAGGAGAGACAACGGCUAUAUAUGUCCUGUAAAUACAACCCUGAGCAAAUACAUUUCUUACUGAAAUCUCAAACGAUGUUUUUCAAUUGAACUUAUGUGAUUGUUGCCACAAGUGUCCGAAACGACAUUAAACUACUCGUCGAUUUGGUCGCAUGAAUGCUGAAUGGCCAAAUCGCAAAUGACAGCUCGUGAAGCACUGAUAUAACCGCAUGAAUGCUGAAUGGUCAUUUCGCACUCCACGACUCGUGAAGUACCAAUUAAAUUUCAUCAGGUUCUCGCUCCAGCCGGGACAUCGCCAAUUUCGACAUCAAUGGAGAGAUUGGUCUGGAGUGGCGUGAUGUGCGAGUUGUAACUGUCCAGGAGGCCACUCCUAUGACUGGAUUGCCAACUCUUCUUUGCGAUACUCAGACUCCUGUCCUCCCUCGCCAUUCCCAGAACAAGACAAAGAGGCUGAGGUUGAUGAGGAGAUGAAGGGUAAGUAUCAAUCCCUACUCCUCAUUCCCAUUUUACCAACAUAUGAAAAGUAUAAACUGACCCAAACUUUUCUACAGAACCUUAAGAAGAGGUAAAGAACUUGAGUCGCCACCAGGCGCGCUAAAGAGCGGGAAGCGAGCCAUGACCCAACAACGAGCAAGACUUCGAGGAUACAGCAACACAUCGAAACGGCAAAUCACGUGUAUGCACACGAAUCCUACCCACAAAUGACUUUCCAGCUUACCGCUACAAACAUGCAGCCAUCUGGCGUACCUCUGCGGAGCCUCGUUCCGAAAACAUUGCACCAUCCAAGUUCGACCUCGUGGUGGUGUCCAGGAGAACAAAAGAUGACAUUAGCAGAAGCAGAUAAACCAUUCCCUCAACCUCCGCUUCCAGAGGAUGGCUUUGAUUGUAAAAUGGGCCUUCAUUAUGCGAAGGCAUCCAACCGAAAUCGAGAUGGCACAAAAGAAAAUGCUGGAACGAAGAAGAUGAACGGAACAGAAGUUGCUGCUGGUGCAAAGAAGAUGAAUGGUACGGAAAUUGCUGCCGGAAAGACAUCUAGUAGCGCUAGUCAUUAGAAUUAUACUCUUUUGGUGUUUGUUAGCCCAGGUGUUACAACUGACACCAUUGCUAUAUUCCUCUAUUGAGGGAAGAACGCCGUGAGCAAAGGAGAUCUGGAAGCUUUCUGUCACGAACAUAGCCAAAACGGCCAGCAACCAUUCCCCAAACCGGGGUUGGUAGCAGCCUCUGGGGAAGUUUGGUCAACAACACGCACCCACCAGCAUAUUCUCAACAACCUCUUGUAACUGGCUAUGGACAAGCUUCCCCUCAAGCACCGGCCGCCUCGCACCAGCAGCAACGACCAUCCCCAUACCAAGCCAAUGACUCGACAAUCCGAUUGGUACAGGCUAUUAUGAGAAGGAUCUGGAGCCGGGUAGCGCUAUUUGAAAGAUAUGAGAGCAUGAAGAACGGGAAGAGCAGUGUCUUGCUUUGGCGGAUAUUUCUGUACAUAGUUCCUUCAAUUGACUCCAUGAUCCAGAUAGUGUGCGUAGACUAACCUGAAGUGACUCAUGAUUGGUAAGAAGCGUCCGCAACGACGUAAAACUAGCGAUGGUGACCAAUUAUGCGACAAAGGUAUCGAGCUCUACCAUCCGUUAACUCAUUGCUCGGAAGGAACCAAUUUCUGAGGAUUUGAAUAGUACGUAUCUCUGCUUUUUUCUGUGGCCACGCGCUAAUAUUUCUGCAGCCAAUUCGGGGCUUCGCUUGGCUAUGCCAACAGCUCUGGAACUGGGGGCGCAACUACUCCUCAGAUUCUAUCAAACGGGGUCGUCCCAUCCGAUGCCGAAAUAAUUGUGAUUCUCGAAAAGAAAUACAAGGAAACUUCCUGUUUCCGGUUGUGAAAAAAUAUCCCGGGAACAUUUCCUGGUGGUAAGUUUCGUCGAACAGGGGGAUAUGCAGUUUCUAACGCUUCUAUGUAGUCAAUGAAAUCCAAGAACCAAGAACAAAGAUGCACCAAAAUGCAAAUCAAUACUCAGUCAUCGAAGAUCAUAAGUUACAAUUCCUUCUUGCGGUGGUGCACGAGGUCUUGGAAACUUCAUGGCCCGCGCCUGUGUUGAGGCUGGUGCAAAGGCAAUUAUGACCUUGGACGCAAAAACAGAACUGGGUGUCAAGUCGGCUGCUGAACUCCAUAAGGCUGCCAACUCCAGCAUCCCAGUCGACUUCUUCGCAACCGGUUUGUGA